UCGCAUUGGGCUUUAAAUAGGGUGCAAGACACAUUUGAGGUCAUGCAUGGUGGCCAACGCAGUGGUGCUCGAAUCCGGCAAGAGCUUCAACGACAUCGCUCUACUAGACGAAGAGAAUAUCGUUUAAAACUGAUCAGUGAUGCGAUUACAGCCACCUGUAACUCAGUGUCUAUCGAUCUAUCAGGCCUACCCACCCCCAAUAUGCCAACUUUAGGAGCACACAAGCUUGCCCCCACAACACCGAUCCCUAUAUCAAAGUCAAUUCUGAUGUUGGGACAAUUCUCAUACCAAAUUUCAUUAAAGACGCCAAAGAACCGUUCGCGGUACCACUCGAAACAAGUGGUUCGAUCGACUUUCGACACUCUUCCCAAACACUCUUUCCUUCGAAUCAAGAAACCCGGUUUGCAAAACUACAGACGCGACAAUGGACGAGUGUCAAAGUCGACGACCGUCGCUGCUAUCAUCACGAUUAUUCUGGGCAGAAUUGUGUGGAAUGAACUCAAGUUCAUGCGCAUGUAUGGUAGUCCAGACUACCGCCCAGCCUUUAACCCUCUUACCGUGUUGGGCAUGGCGUAUGGACUUGGAUUGCACUUUAACUGGGAGCAACGAUCCACCCUCUACCCUAAAAACGGACGAGAGUACAUUGUGAUGAAACCCUGGGCGUGGGGUGAUCCGAUCUUAUACUCUAGCUCUGUCGAAAUCCUCAAGCAGACCGGAGGCAGCGGCAACGUCGGGUCAUGGCAGAAACCAGAAUG